CCUUGAGCAAUACAAUUCACCUGGGCAAGCCGGAUACCAGGAUCACUCUGAGCUUCAUUAUCCUUCACCAACAUAUCCCAUGUCGGUGCGAAUUUUUUGCAAUGGCCGCAAUACGGCGAGAAAUGUUCAAUGAGCCAGACUCCGUUUGCGACUGUGGAUUUGAAAUUCUCCGUGGUGAGCUCGGUCGAGCGAACAGGCAGAGCUGUACUAGAGAGUAGGAUAGAACAUAACGAGAGAUAGAAAGGCAAGUUCCGAGAGAGCUUCCAGAGCAUCGACAACAAAUUUGGAAGUUUGUAAAGAGAAAUGAUUCGCUUUGUCAGAUGGAGUCCUUUGUCUUUGACCACGUCAGAGGCGUAGGGUCUGACAGCGCCUACGUUGCACUUUAUUCUCCGGUUGCAAAUGCUUCUGCUAUUCGAAAGAGAAUUAUGGACGCUUCAAAGAUGGAAGGGGAGGAGGGAGAGAGGGAGAGGGACGCAAUCAACUUUGCAUUCAUCGACGCUACGCUAAUCACAAGUAGACUUCAUUUGCAGACUGCCAUUCAUCAAGCCAUUCUUGCCGAAUCACAAAAUUCGCUAAGAACGAAGACUGUGCACUCUGAGAUCCUAUUUGCGCUUAAUCCGACGAACAAUAUCACAGAGGCGAUUCGUCGAUAUGGAGUUUCGGACUCGAGUCGUGCUCUUCUGGUCGUGCACAUUGGUCCAGGUCAUCGAUCAUCUCUUUCCGAAACAGAGAAUAAAAUGAAGAAGGCGGUGGAGGGCGUUCUAAAGCCUCUUGGCGAGCUGGAAGAGUUAACCGACUGGCAGAGAAUCAAAAAGUAUCACAGACUGAACACCGCCGAUGAUGAAGACCACGCUUCUGUCAACGAUUUUGUGAUUAGUGCUGUGGCCAUGAAAACGGUCAUGCAAUAAACCUCCAUGAAGACGAAUAAUGUAUAAUAUGUUUAUGUUUAUGUGCCUGAGUAUCUGUGCCCGGCGGCGGCAAAUGCCACGCGGCUCACACCUACCAUAUCCGG